UGUUCAUUGAGGUGUGUCGAUCGAUACAGAUGUGUAUCGAACAUUGAAAUAAACAAACGCUAGUUUUAUGGUGUCAAAGUGUGUAUUUAAAUACUGCCAGGACACAUAGCAUGAUCCGAUGAGAUGGGCCUAAUCAAAAGAUUUCUGGCGGUUAAUCCCCUUACUAAAGCCACGUUAAUCCUCUUGCUGGUGGCUGAGAUCUUUAAUUGGCUGAGUAUGUGUAUGAACGACUGGGCCCUCUAUGACGACAGCGCUGCUAAUGAUAAGAACAAGCUGGGGUACGGAGUCUGGAAGAGGUGCGGCAAUCAGGAACCGGAUCCUAAUUGUAUGGACCUCGAUGGCUGGAGGCUUACUUGGUACGGCACGUUUCAAGGGUUUGCCAUCAUCGCCUUCUUGGCUGUCAACGUCGCCUUCUUCUUCAUCGUCCUCUUCAUGUUCGUCUCCUCCUGUGUGGGGCGACAGGAGAUUGAGAGGAUCAGCGCCAUCUCGUGUUUUGUUGCCACCGUGUUCUAUGUGGUGGCAAUCAUUAUCUUUGGCGUCAAGUUUGACACCACAUACGACGCUGGUUAUGACAGAGAGAUUUUGAUGUCCGGCUUUUACCUGGCAAUAGCUGUCGCCGUUCUCUGCCUCGCUGCCGGGGUUUGUGCAGUUAUCGCCAGCAUCGGCAAACAACAGAUAAAACCUUCCGGCGACAAAGGCGGGAAUGAAGAACAACAGCAACAGGAAGAGCAGACUUCUGGCAGCAGAAAUCCUAUUUUCGCCCAUGGAUUUUACCGCUAACAAAAGCCCCCCAAUCUGAACCCCAAUUGUGAAUAUUUAUUUCUUUUGCUGUGAUUUUAUAAUACUAUUCAAUUAUUCUUUAUUUAAAAUGCGUUUUCUUCUAUAAGUGUAAACUCUGUAGUACAAUUUUUGUAAAUUAAUUAUAAAACAUAAUAAAUACUGUUUAAAAAAAAGAUGUAUUCUAUAAUAAUUAAUAUGUAUCAUGAGUUGCGGCAUAAGUAAGUAAAGUUACCCUUUCUAACAUGACGGUCCAUGGGGCAAGUGAAGUCGAGUUCACAUAUU